AUGGCCGACGCCGGCGGCAUAUCCAAUGCAAGCCUAGCUACGGUCGAAAUCACAUCACACAAUGGGUGCCACGGGCGCCAGCUGCGGCGUCGCUGGCUGCCCUAUGUCUCGGGGCCUGCUGCCGUAAGGCCGUCACGAGCAGAUUUCGCGACGGGAUGGACGAGACGUGGUAGAGGUGGAUAAAUUCGUGAGAAACCUCACGCUCACUCGUCCUCUCGCCUGUCGCCUUGUUGCUGUCGUUGUUGAUCCCAUAUGAAAGCAUACUAAGUAUGAAAGCACUUCCACAACGAUGUACACUACAAGCUGGUUCAGGGAAAUGGAUACAAGAAGAUUCAACAGCAAAACUUCACGCCGUUUUUAGGAGUUAGACUCUGAAACUUUGCACACAUGUACCUUGGGUCAUUACAAAACGCUGUGUGGAGGGGCCUUUUUUUUUUCCCCGUCGCCGGAUAUCCGGGGUCCUAGAGAUUUCGGGGUCGUGUGCGGCUCCUGGGACCCCGAAUAACUGGCGACCAUGGAAGGAAAUGAAAUAGGCCCCGCCACACAGCGUUUCGUAUUGACCCAAGGUACAUGUGUGCAAAGUUUCAGAGUCUAACUCAUGAAAACGGCGUGAAGUUUUCAGCUCUUAGGCCAUGAAGUAUUUCGCAUCCUGGAUUUCCCCAAACUACUUGAUUAAAGUAUGAAACGGCGAAAUUCAGGUUCUUUUGGCGCCCAAACGACCCCAUUUCAUCAGUUUAUCGAAUUAGUUCAUGAAAAUUCAUACACACGGUCUUUGGUAUAUGUAGGUAAGGUAGAAUCAAGAAAAAAAAAUCACAUAUUGGGACAGAUUUUUGGGGUCCCGCAAAAGGGGCUAUCUCCAACGCAGUUUGGCCCACCGACGGCAAGUCAUAAAUCGACCAUUUUUCGACCGUAUUAGGCCAGUUUAUGGAAGAUGUCGACGAAACUCCAUGCGAAGCUUCAUUGCACUGUAACGGUGUCGUUGGUUAGAGAAAGAAUCACAAACAGCCAUGUUACCGGCAUGUUGGGGUCUGCAAGAGAAUCUACCUACUUUUUAGACGGAAACACCGACCGUGCUGUCCCGAAGAGAGAUUUUUUAUCAUCGCAGCGCGGCCUUGUGCCAGCUUAACUGGGUGAUAAAACACUGUUGAUUCAUGCACCGAGAACGCAAACAUGCCAACAUGCAUGGACCGGUUUGCUGAGGGUCACACCGCACCGAACGAAUAACAUGUCGAGACGGGAUAACCCGAUCGACAGGCAUGAAAAACGCACCCAGUCCAUCACUUCAUAAAAAAAUACAACCGUACUCUGUGCAACCAAUGCACUGGGCUAUAGGAACUGUUCCAAAAUAAUCAAAGACAUAUCAACCGGUUAUCCGGGGUUGCGUGCACGUCGCAUGGAGAAGAAAGGUCCGGCGAGUGCUUGUAGUCGUUCAUACUCCGCCUUGCACUCGAGGGCUGCUGCCUUGUCCUUCUCGACUUGUUGACGGGCAGCUGCGGCUUCGACGGCGAGCCUUGAAGCCUCGUCCAACGCCGCGGCCGCUGCGUGUGCGGCGAGAACCUCCGGAGGGUCGGCCACGCUGAUGUCGCUCGUGGGUGCAUCAAUCACCGGGGGUGGCUGCUCGUGAGGCUCCAGCAGCGUGACGUGUUGCCCCUUCGUUAGCGUGGAGAACAUAGCCACGGCCUGUGCGUCCAUUGCAGCAGCCUCCUGGUCGCACUCUGCAACCCGCCGCUCCAUGUAUCUCCUCCGCUGUUCUGAUUUGCGAUCGCGCCUGACGUACGCAAACGCCCGGCGCCCGAGUCCGGCGUUACGCAACCUGCUGCAGCGUAGGCGCAUCAGGAUUCUGGCCUCCUGCUGCAACCCCCUCAAAGCUCUGGCGCGUUCCGCUUGUUUUUGGAUGGCACACUUCUUGGCGACUUCGCAACUCACCGUGCUUGGGCGACAAGCUCCGCCUUCGCAUGGGCUUCUCCAGCUCACUUGUCCAGUUGUCCGCGUCUCCGAGCGCUUCCGCCUUCGUCUCAUACGUGAAGGCGGUGUUCUUGCGAAUGUCCGUGGCAUGUGGCCGUGGGUGAUACGUGCAUCUGAGCCUCCAACGCUUCGUGUUGCUGCACUGCACUGCGCAAACUUGCGAUACUUUUCGUUUGUGGGUAUCAACGUUGGGAUCCACACUUUGUAGUGGCUCCAUUGUGGAGGGUCUCCUUGCGUACGAGACGCGUGUGCAGAGGUACUCAGCUGGUUGUACAGCAGCACCGGUGCAGCAGGAGCUGCGA